CACCGUCAUUCUAAAUUCAGUUACUCAUUUGUACACACCCUACUUCUUCGGAGUACUUCUUCUGCUUUUUUUUACCUUUAUUUGAAAACUUCCAAAGUGAAGACAAUAUGGGCGUCACCAAUAUUCUAUUGCGUGGUUUUUUAGUUCACCUAGUGUUUCUCUCAUCUAUAUUUGACAUUUAUUUCAAGACGCCCAUUGUACCCGGUAUAACAUCUAACCCAAAUCCUGUGCCGGGUGCGGCUAAACGACUUGUUUUUAUCGUUGCUGACGGCUUGAGAGCUGACAGCUUCUUCUCUCAUGAUAUGAAAAGUACUCCAUUUUUAAGGAGUAAGAUACAAAACGGUGGGUCAUGGGGUGUGUCUCAUACGAGAGUUCCAACAGAAUCCCGACCAGGUGUAGUUGCUCUAGCUGCUGGUAUCUAUGAGGAUCCAUCGGCUGUAUUUAAGGGAUGGAAAGAGAACCCCGUAGAAUUUGACUCACUUUUUAAUCAGAGCCACCACACAUGGGCUUGGGGUAGUCCUGAUAUUGUGCACAUGUUUAAACAAGCUCAUGUGGAAACCAUGGCUUAUAGUGCAGAUGAUGAAGAUUUUUCUGGCAAAGACUCUUCAUGGAAGUUAGAUGAAUGGGUGUUUGACAAUAUCAAAAUGUUUCUCAAGACAGCAGAGUCCAAUGCUCAUUUAAAUGAUCUAUUGCAUCAAGAAAAAAAUGUUUUUUUUCUUCACCUUUUGGGUCUUGAUACAGCAGGUCACACAAUCAAGCCUCAUUCUUUAAUGUAUCAAACAAAUUUGAAGGUUGUAGACCAGGGAGUCAAGGAUAUGGAGGAACUCUUUGAAAAGUUUUUUUCCGAUCAAAAAACCGCUUAUGUAUUCACUGCUGAUCAUGGGAUGACUAACUGGGGUUCUCAUGGAGCAGGAAGCCAAGAUGAAACCGAAGUCCCUUUGCUUGCUUGGGGUGCUGGUGUUAAAAAAGCAAGUCCAGCAGGACUAUCAGAUCCCCCAAGCCCCUCCCACUGGAGCACACUGAAGCAUUUAAAGAGAAAUGAUGUAAAACAGGCAGAUAUAGUUGUCCUUCUCUCUAGCCUCAUUGGAUGCAAUAUCCCAGUGAACUCCUUGGGGAACUUACCACGAAAUUAUUUAGACUCGCCUAAAAAGAAUAUUGCAGAACUAAGCUUUCUGAAUGCAAAGCAGCUUUUAGCACAGGCUGAAAGGAAAAAGGAAUUGGUUCAAGUUGGCACAUUAUCUUUUCGGCCAUAUUGGAAACUCGCUCCAGAAGAGGUACAGGAAAGACUAAGAGAGAUUAAGAUGUACCUCUCUUCACAAGAUUAUCCAAAAGUUAUGUCUCUUUCUGAUGAACUGAGUUCCCUCAGUAUUGAUGCACUGGACUACUAUCAUAAUUAUUACCAAGGCACUCUCUUGACUUUUGUUUCGCUAUCUUUUAUUGGGUGGAUUUCUUGGUUGUUUUGUAAUCUGAGGAAUUACAAAUUAAAUCGAUCAUCAAAGUACAUUCAUGUAGGGUUUGGAAUAACUGGUAUUGUUAUAUUUCUCCUAAUCCAAGGUCAAGGUUUGGAGUGGCAAUUCAAUAUUUACCUUCUCCUACCAAUCAUCCUCUGGUGGAGAGUCUUUUGCAGGAUGCAUUCAUGGAUAGCUGCAUUCAAAGCAAAACAAAAUAAUUUGUUGAACUUAAUUUUUGCUUGUUUAAUGUUAGUUCUUUUGACAGAAGUUUUGGUUGCAGCAUUUUUUCAGAGGUGGAUUUUAAGUUUUGGAGUGUUAGUUUGUUCUUUAUGGCCUUUCUGUAGAAAAGAAAAAUUGAAGAUAAUUUCUCCGACCGCAUUGUUGAUCUGGCUGUUAUCUUGUGUCAGUUUAGCUGUUUUCCCACUUUUGCCUGUAAUUGGAAGUGAAAGCAACAUAGCACUUGUAAUAUUUUCAGGAUUUCUCUGGCUGGCCAUGAUAAUUGCUUCACUUUAUCUUGUAUAUGAACGAGUACCAAUCGCCAAGGUUGUAAAUGAAUCAGGGCCUUUGGCAGGUGCUAUUUUUGUGGUUUUUCUUGUAACAGAGAGUUUAAAUGCAGGAUAUGGUCUGCCUCGUCUUCUUCAAUUCCUAGCGUGGUGUUUACUAUUUAGUCCAAUUGCCAUAUGUUCAAGUGCCAGUAAAACCAUUCCUAAACGCUUGAUUAAGUUACAUGCCAUAUUGAUUGCACCUUAUAUACUCAUGAGUGUUCGCCACGAAGCUUUAUUUCUGCUGGCUUUGUGUUUUCAUCUUAAUUGUUGGCUUGUACUUGAAGCCAAACUUAGUGGAUAUUCUACAACUCAGCUUAAGUUUUUAAAAUUUCCACCACCCAAGUUGGAGGAAAAUGAUCAUAGACAUUUAUACCUUGAAGAUUUUCGACGAGCUGGUCUCUUUGUGUUCUACAUUUUUCUUUCUUUUUUUGGAACAGGCAACAUAGCUAGUUUAAACUCCUUUGAAGUGACUUGGGUUCGAUGUUUCUUGUCAGUAUUUUCACCCUUUACAAUGAUGACUUUAAUCUUGCUUAAAGUGCUCAUACCAUUUGUAAUAGUAAGCAGUAUUUUCCGAGCAGUUAAUAUCACUGUCCAGGCUCCAACAGGAUCUAUGUUCAUAGCAGUAUUGAUCUUAUGUGACAUGAUGGGUUUGCAAUUUUUGCAUUUGGUCACAAAUGAAGGCAGUUGGUUAGACAUAGGAACAUCUAUAUCCCAUUUUGUCAUAGUUCAGGUGACUGUACUUGCUUUGGUUCUGCUGUACGGUAUUGCAUCAGUCCUGACUGGAUCAUCUCUAAGUACCAUUCGCAACAAUCUCCUGAGAGGUCCUUGAAAAUGGAAUGGAGAAGAUGAUACUAUAAUAGAGCACUUAACUUAUAUUUCUGGGAUUAUAUAAAUUUUAUCUGAUGACAUUUAUUUAUAUAAUAAUAAUCUUUAGCCAAAGAAUACUUACCGUAUUUUGAAACAAUUUGUCCUGUUAGUCUUUGAUCUCAAUUAAGUUGACAUUUCUAGUCCAGAAUAGUAAGGGUGUGUGGAGAACCUUCCUCUUUUUUCUUACUUUAAGUAAUCCAUCAAAUAAAUUAAUUUUUGGACAAUG